AACCUUUGGAGCCUAAUUCCAUGCACAGACAAACAUUGUCUCAAACAGGCUGCAGAAACUUGUAGAGGCAUAGAGGAAGCAGAGUAUGUUCAUAUGAAGCUACAGAACAAAUUGAGACAAUGACCAGUGAAGCUCCUAGUACUUCAGGCCAGCAGUUCUACAAAGAUGCAGCGCAUGUUCUGUCAAGUGGCAGAAACGCUGCAGAGAGAAAUGAAAAUAAUAUUUGCAUACAGACAGGUGAGGAAUUUUCUACCGAGUUUCUGCGGGAUCGUGUUGCUCUGAGAAGAUUGCCAGUGAUAUCUGAAGGGGAACAUCACCAGCCAAAGAGAGUGGAUUACAAGUUUAAUCAGAACCAUCAGCUUGUUUAUGAGGAUCUCACUGGCAUUCUUGGGCUACAGAGAAUUGAUUCUGAACACAGUUCGGAAUUCUCAGAGUUAGUUCCAGUGACCGGAUUUGGGACUGAAGCAGAGAACAAGGCUUAUACUGAUAAUAUAAACAGAUACCAUUGGGAAUAUGGUGCAAUUGGGCAAGUUCCUGGUAAGUUUGCUGAUGAGAGUAAUCCUGAUCAAGUAACUCCAGGACCAAAUGCUCCACCUGUAUAUGUGGUGGAGUCCCCUCAUUCAUACUAUCCUUAUGGGACAGAAUUUUCAGAAGGUUCUUUCUCUGGAAAAGUGAAAGUUCUCUGCAGCUUUGGGGGAAGAAUAUUACCAAGGCCAAGCGAUGGUAAGCUUAGAUAUGUGGGUGGAGAGACACGGAUUAUAUCCAUCAGGAAGAACAUCACUUGGGAGGAACUCACAAACAAGAUUUCUGGAAUUUGUAACCAACCUCAUACAAUCAAAUACCAGCUUCCUGGUGAGGAUCUAGAUGCACUUAUAUCUGUUUGUUCAGAUGAAGAUCUUUAUCAUAUGAUAGACGAAUAUCAAGAGCUGGAAAGAAUUCAGGGUUCUCAUAGACUGCGGAUAUUUCUUGUAUCUUCAGAAAGCCCAAGUUCUAUGGAAGGAAGGGCUGCCCAGCCAAGUGAUGCUGAUUAUCAGUAUGUUUUUGCUGUUAAUGCCACGGUGGACCGAAGUCCACGGAAGAGCUCUUGUGGGCAGAGUUUGACAAGCCAGACCUGCCAGUUUGGGAAUACCUCAGAUUAUAGUCCAACUUUUUAUAGAGACUCUCCUACAUCAGCAUUUCCUUUGGAGAUUAAGGAUUGUACUCCAAGUUCCUCGAAUUUGGCGGGAAUGUUCUCAAAGCCUGCUUCUCGGUUUCUAACUAAACUUCAGAUACCAAGAAAGUCAUUCAAUCAAACCCCUCCAAUAUCUCCAGUUCAGCAUAGAGAUCCUAAGAAUUCUAAUGUGCAAAUUAAUGGGGAUUGGAAACGUGGUGAUGGACAUCAGAGCAUCAUUCCAUUUGUUAUCGAGAAACGUCCUUGUGAAAAUCCUUACUCUCUUGAUGCCAUGGGUUAUUAUAAUAAUCUUCCUCAUGGGCCUCCAUCGACAAAUUACCAUCAUCCUAACGAAUAUUUGGUAGAAACUGACCAGGCUAACAAAUCCCAAGACAGACACUUUCACCACCGUAGCCCCAGUAAAGACUUUGUGCAUUCUCCAUCAUAUUGUCAAAGUGAUAUUAACUAUGACCGAAAAAUGCUAAAGGAGAGAGCAUUCUCUGACUCACAGUUGCAGGAAUAUGGUGAGAGGUCCAAUUGCUACUCCCCACUGUCCUCGAGUACUGAGAGAGAAAAAUCACCUUCACUGGCAAUGUCAAAUUUCCCACCGGAAUGGCGAGUUCAAUGUGAAGAGAGAAUUAACGAGAAACAGCAAAUGAAUAAAUAUGAGAAUCAACCUACUUCCAAGAUGCCUGGAGAUUGCAAGGGAAAUGUUGAACUGGGUCAAGAGAUGUUCAACUGGACAGAUAGGAAUAUCACUUGUUCUCAUCACAAAAAAAAACACCUAGAACGAAAUGUUGAAGUUUCAUCACAUGAUAAUGCCAAGGAGCUUGAGAAGUUACCAGACCUCAACUAUCUCCCCUGUGUUUGUCUAUCCUCACAAGAGCAACAAAACCUCAGAGGAGGGAUUUCUGCUUCAUCAGUCAUUUCUUCUGAAACUUCUGCAGAUAGCAUGAGAGAGCACUCCCAUGGUUACCGAUUAGAAGCAAUGGCUUCCAAGUUCUUAAUUAAGAGCCAGACUUCUGACAAGGAUAAGCAGUGUGCUACAACUGAGACAUUAAGUAUUCAAGCAGUAUCAGAUGGGUACCCUGGAGUACUACCUGUUGCAUCUCAGGGAUUGGAUGACCAAGAAUCCAUGGACCCAAGCUGUAAGACAACCACAGGUGCUGUUUUGAGUGGAGAGGCUCCUCUCUGUAAUACAGAUUCCGUAAAUCAUCCUGACUACCAGGUUCAAAUGGUGGGACUUAGCCAAACGUCUUUUGAGGGAGCGAAGUUUGGAGAAGUUGUCUGUCUUCAAUCACAGCUGUCAGAUAGUCAUCCUGAAAAUAAGAUGGAAUCAGUAGUUAGUGUUAAAGAUAUAAUUGAUUGUACACCUCCUGGCAUCCCCUUUACGUCAAAAGUUGUGCCACGUAUAGAAGAUGAGGCCUGUGAUGAUUUUCCAUCUCCUAGAAAAUCAGAAGCAAAGAAUGCUACUUUAGGAUCUGAAUGCGAGGGUGUGAAAAGUAAUGGCAGAGAUAUGGAUGACUCUAUCAGUGAUGCUGCUAUCGCUGAAAUGGAAGCGGACAUCUAUGGUUUGCAGAUCAUAAUGAAUGAUGAUCUUGAAGAACUGAAAGAGUUAGGAUCUGGUACAUUUGGAACUGUAUAUUAUGGAAAAUGGAGGGGGACUGAUGUUGCUAUUAAGAGAAUAAAAGAGAGUUGCUUUUCAGAAAAGUCAUCAGAGCAAGAUCGACUGACUAAAGACUUCUGGAGAGAGGCACAGAUAUUGUCAACUCUUCACCAUCCAAAUGUGGUAGCAUUCUAUGGGGUAACUCCUGAUGGGCCCGGAGGAACGUUGGCAACUGUAACUGAAUAUAUGGUGAAUGGAUCAUUGAGAAGUGUACUAGUAAAGAAGGAAAGGGUGCUUGAUCGUCGAAAAAGGCUCAUAAUUGCAACGGAUGCAGCUUUCGGCAUGGAGUAUUUGCAUUUGAAAAAUAUUGUUCAUUUUGAUUUAAAGUGUGAUAAUUUGCUAGUCAAUUUGAGGGAUCCUGAACGACCUAUUUGCAAGGUCGGGGAUUUUGGGUUGUCCAGAAUCAAGCGCAACACAUUUGUCACUGGUGGUGUUCGAGGGACCCUUCCAUGGAUGGCACCAGAAUUACUAAAUGGUAGCAGCAGCCGGGUCUCUGAGAAGGUUGAUGUUUUCUCAUUUGGUAUUGUCUUGUGGGAGAUUCUGACUGGUGACGAGCCAUAUGCUAACAUUCAUUGUGGUGCUAUCAUAGGAGGUAUUGUAAAUAACUCGCUCAGGCCUCCAAUUCCAAAACGUUGUGAUCCUGAGUGGAGGAAGUUGAUGGAAGAUUGCUGGUGUCCUGAUCCUGCAGCCAGGCCAUCAUUCACAGAGAUAACAAAUAGGCUACGUGAUAUGUCAACUGCACUCCAGAAAAAGCGACAGAGUCCUGCCAAAAGAUAAACCCAACAUCCUCAUUGCUUGCUUUGUGGCUGAAUUUGGAUCGAAGAACUUGGAGCUGUUUCAGCAUUUCACAUCUUGAGGUUGAAUUUUCAAAGAUAGCUUGGUUGACACUUGACAUGAAGGUAUAUUUUAUGCAGUAGUGGGAAAGAAAAAUGAAGAUAAGAGUAAACAAAAGAA